CAUUCGAAAAACCCGAAAUCCUAAAUAUUCCGCUGCACGCGUAUGUAAAGACUCAAAAGCGUACUUGCUUUUCUGAGUCCACGUGAUUGACCUAGUUGGAAAUCUGCUGAACGGAUCACGUGUGCUGCUGUAUUUCCGACUCACGGCGCAGUUUGUUUGUUGAUGUUUUCAUAUGCGAUAUCCGACGAAACAAGACUGAUUUGAGUUUUAACUUUAUGUUUUCUGAAUUUUUCCUGCCAGUAUAAGCUGGGAUAAGAUUUCUGUUGUGGAGACUUCAAAUUAGCAUUGAUAAUGCAUCCUGGUGCAUCGCUUUUCAGUUGCGGACUGAUAUUGGCUGCAGUGUGUUCCUCUUGCAACGGCUUUCACGCAGCAGCGGACGAAGAGAUCCAGAAAGUUCCCAAAAGCAGCCCGCUCACGCGAUACGAACCAACAUGGGAUUCCAUUGAUUCCCGUCCGAUACCGGAUUGGUACAAUAAUGCGAAAUUUGGCAUAUUUAUUCAUUGGGGAGUGUUUAGCGUACCGGCGUUUGGAAGCGAGUGGUUUUGGUGGUACUGGCAAGGAGAGAAGCGACAAAACUUCAUAGAUUUCGUUAAAAAUAAUUAUGGACCGGGAUUUACUUAUGCUGAUUUUGCGCCACAAUUUCAUGCUGCGUUUUAUGAUCCGAAAGCGUGGGCUAAACUGUUUGAAGCAUCGGGAGCGCAGUAUGUCGUUCUUACUUCCAAACACCACGAAGGAUUCACAAUGUGGCCGUCAAGUGUAUCCUGGAACUGGAACGCCAUGGACGUUGGACCGCGUCGGGAUCUGGUGGGCGAGUUGGCGGAUGCUGUGCGGAAGAAUACGAAACUACAUUUCGGCCUCUAUCACUCCAUGUUCGAAUGGUUUAACCCGGUCUACAAACAGGACGUGGCUAACAAUUUUACUACCAAGCAGUUUGUUACAAGUAAAACACUGCCGGAGCUGUAUGAAAUUGUCAACCGCUACAAACCGGAAGUGAUCUGGUCCGACGGCUGUCCGGGAUCCUCGGACUGGUGGGGCAGUAAGGAAUUCAUCGCCUGGCUUUACAAUGAAUCACCAGUAAAGGACACGGUCGUUACAAAUGACCGUUGGGGAGAUGAUGCCAUGUGUAAACACGGAGGAUUUCUGACGUGCGAUGAUCGUUAUACUCCCACCCACCUUUUAACUCGGAAAUGGGAAAACUGCAUGACCAUUGACGGAUCGAGUUGGGGUUAUCGCCGCAAUAUGGCUAUUACGGAUAUUCUGAAAAUCGAAACACUGAUUGCUACUUUAGUCAGUUCUGUUAGUUAUGGUGGCAAUUUACUGAUGAAUAUCGGGCCAACUUCCGACGGGAUUAUUGUUCCUGUAUUCCAGGAGCGUCUGCUCCAGAUGGGCAGUUGGCUGAGCGUCAAUGGCGAAGCGAUUUACAGUAGCAUGGCUUGGACAUCGCAGAAUGACACAAUUACACCCAACGUCUGGUAUACUUGCAAGAAAGAGAACGGCUCCACCACCGUCUACGCGAUCGUGCUGACCGAUUUGGCCAAGGACUUCAUCGUCCUGGGCGCAGCCCAAGCUACCGAAGAAUCAAAAAUCACCAUUCUGGGCUAUAACGACGACGUGGACUGGGAAGUACUGAGCACAGGUGACCUUAUGGUCAGUAUUCCUCGGAAGCAGGAUUUGCCGACGGUGGCGGUGUGGGGUUUCACGUUGCGGAUGAAGCACCUGAAGAACGCGGAUGUCAGUAACUAUCAACGACCCCUGGAGGGGGAACGACCGCCGUUGCCGACUAAGGGAAAUGUGGAACGACCCUGGCGAAAAGUGGUGGCGGCGAUGGUGUGAGCAAGAAGCUGUGAUCGUGGUGAGAGAGAUUCUUGUUAUUGUUUGGUUUCCUCUUUUUUUAUUGACUGCUCUGUUACGCGGAUGUGGAUACUUUGUUAUGAUUCAGUCAUUCCAUUUUAUCCUUUUACAUCUACAAAAGCCAUUUUUGACUUCUUUUCACUCUUUAAUAUGUUUAACAAGGAAGAAUUAUGGUUUUAUCAGUUGUUGACAGUGUACUCGUAAAUUUAUAGUUGUGA